AUGGCGUCCGCUUCCAACGACCGCUACAAACUCAUCUUCUUCACUCCGCCUCAAGAUCUGCCAAAGAUCAAAGAAGCCAUCUUCGCAGCAGGAGCCGGUCGUUUCAAUAAUUACACCGAAUGUGGCUUCACAUCACCCGGUGUGGGCCAGUUCCGACCCGGCGAUGCUGCAAACCCGCACAUUGGUGAAAGAGGCAAAGUGGAAGAGGUAGGAGAGGUCAAGUUCGAGACUGUGUGCUCUGGUAGGGAUGUGACGAAAGAGGUUGUUGCGGCGCUGAAGAGGACACAUCCAUAUGAAGAGCCGGCGUACGAAGUGUACAAGCUUGAGGACUUCUGA